AUGGUGUUUGCCAUCAAAGAGAUAAAUGAAAAUCCAGCUGUGUUACCAAACAUCACUCUGGGUUUCAAGAUUUAUGACUGUUGUUAUUCUGAGAUUCGAGCUCUCGAAGGCACCUUUUGGCUUUUGUCCCAAUGGCAAAGCAAAGAUGCAAAGUCUAGCUGUGGCAUUCGGUCACUGCCUUCUGCCAUUCUUGGUGCAUUACCUUCCAAGUCCUCUCUCCCAAUGGCCAGAAUUCUGGGCAUCUUCAGGUACCCACAGAUCAGUUAUGGGUCCGGAAAUCCUUCACUGAGUGACAAAACUCAGUUUCCCUCAUUUUUUAGGACUGUUCCAAAUGACAAAUUCCAGCCUAUUGCAGUUGCUCAGUUAACAAAAUAUUUUGGUUGGAAAUGGAUUGGGAUCCUGGCAUCUGAGAAUGAGGUAGGUGAAAUCGGCAGUCAGGCGUUGAAGAGGGAAAUUAUAUCAAGAGGCAGCUGUAUUGCAUUCCUAGAAACCCUCCCAAUACAUAAUUUCAAAUGGAAGAUACCUCAUCUCAUUGAUAUAAUCAAAAGAUCAUCUUCAAAGGUAAUUGUCCUAUAUUCCACUAUUGAACCACUGAUUCCAUUGCUAGAUGAAGUUACUUUAGAAGGAAUAACUGGAAAAGUUUGGAUUGGCACAACGACAUGGACCAUCUCUUCUGAUUUCUCACAGCAAGAGCUUCUAAAAACUUUAAAUGGCUCACUGGGAAUUGCUCUGCAGAGAGGUGAAAUACCAGGAUUCAGGGAUUUCCUUUAUAGUAUCCAUCCUUUCAAGUUCCCAGAUGGUAUCUUCUUUACAGAAUUCUGGGAGACUGCAUUUGGAUGCCAGUGGCCGAAAGUGAAUUUCACUGAAUCAGGAUCGGGAUCUAAAGUUAAAGUUUGCACAGGCAUGGAAAAGGUUGAUGAAAUUGAUAAUUCUUUGUUUGACACAUACAUUUUCAGGUAUACUUACAGUUCUUACAUAGCAACGCAUUCACUGGGACAUGCUCUACAUAACAUGCUGUCAUGCCACUCCAAAGAACUGCCAUCUGCCAAUGUGUCCUGUUCAAAUAUCAAUGAUAUACUGCCGUGGCAGGUGAUCCAUUACUUAAAGAGAGUACAUUUUAAAACAACAACAGGCCAUGAUGUGUAUUUCAAUGAGAAUGGAGACAUCCCAGCUUCAUAUGACAUCUUAAACUGGCAGCUGUUCCCCAAUGGAACAAGCAGGUACUAUAAUGUUGGGAAGUUUGAUUCAGUGGGCUAUCCUGAAGGAGACAUUAAAAUAAAUGAGAAUACAAUAUGGUGGAAUGGAGAGACCCCUGAGGUUCCACAGUCAGUUUGCAGUGAAAACUGUGUCCCUGGAUACAGAAAAGCCACAAGACAAGGUGAACCCAUUUGCUGUUUUGACUGCAUUGUGUGCUCCAAAGGAGAGAUUGCCAACCAAACAGGUGAGAAAAGCUGCCUGAAAUGUCCAAAAGAACUAAAGCCCAAUGAUCAGAGGGUGAAGUGCAUUCAGAAACUCAGUGAAGUCCUGUCUUAUGAAGAUUCUCUGGGAGCAGCCCUAGCUGCAGUUAACUGUGUAUUCACAGGCAUCACUGCUAAUAUCCUUUGUGUUUUUGUCAGGAAUAAGGAGACACCAAUAGUCAAGGCCAACAACCGUGGACUCAGUUACAUUCUCCUUUUCUCCCUUAUGCUGUGUUUUCUUUGUGCCUUGAUUUUCAUUGGACAGCCCACAGGACUGACAUGUCUUCUCCGUCAGGCAGCUUUUGGUCUUGUAUUUUCUGUUGCCAUUUCUUGUAUUCUUGCCAAAACAGUCAUCGUUAUUAUUGCCUUCAGGGCUACUCAGCCAGGAAGUAACUUAAGAAAGUGGCUAGGAAUAAGACUGCCAAGCUCUGUAGUAUUUGGUUGUACUUUAAUUCAGAUACUCAUUUGCAGUGGAUGGCUGUUGCUUUCCCCACCUUUCCCUGAGUCUGAUAUGGAAUCUGGAGAAGGCACAAUCACUCUACAAUGUAAUGAUGGGUCAGUGACUGCAUUCUGGAGCAUGCUGGGAUAUAUGGGCCUUCUUGCCACUAUUAGUUUAGUUGUGGCUUUUCUUGCAAGGAAUUUGCCUGAUAACUUUAAUGAUGCAAGAUACAUUACUUUUAGCAUGCUUGUUUUUGCUAGUGUUUGGCUUUCUUUUAUCCCAGCAUACCUGAGCACAAAAGGCAGGUAUCCAGUGGCUGUUGAGGUAUUUGCUAUCUUAGCUUCCAGUGCUGGGAUGCUUAUUUGCAUAUUUUUCCCAAAGUGUUACAUUAUUCUCCUGAGACCACAUCUGAACAGUAGAAGUCAAGGAAUGGGAUCUGCAAAAUUAAUUAACAAAAAAUAUUAA